UCAGCCAAACGCACAAGCCUCAUUUGAAGGAACAGAAGUUGCGAUUGCAAAAGCACUUAAGUAGAAAAGCUGGAAAAAAGUCGAAGAGUACGCUUUAUGCAUAUUGGAAUCCGGUGGCGCUCUAUGCCGUUGCAUCGCGUGUUCGUCAUAAAUUCCCAUUGUUCGCGAAUCCAGAAGAGCGAAUUCGGAUCAGACAACCGUGCGCGAAUGUUUCUUGGCUUCUAUAUUCGUCCGCUACGGUGGAUUCAAUCACCUUCGCGUUAUGUAAUCUUCAUCGUGACAUCGUUUGGACUUCAAGAAUUUAGUUCAAACGGUAAAAUGGAUUGGAGCAAGAACGGACACUUACCGUUUCGACGAGGCGACCAAACUCGAGGCGACCAAACUCGGCACGAAUCCUUCGCUUCUUUUAAUCUUUCACCUAUGCUUCUUCUUCUCUUUUCUUACUCUACUCUUUCCUCUUCUUUGAUUCUGAGCUGAGCUUGAUGUAGGAUAAUGGAAUAUUGGAAGUUGUUGAUGGGAUGAAUUCAAUUGCGUGUGUUUGCGUCUUAUGUUUCGGUGGCGUGUUGAUGCGUCGCAGAGGAGAGAUGGUUUUGUCGUGGAGAAGGAGAUAGCGGCGGUUCAAGCGAGGAGAGAGUUGAAAGAAGAAGAACUCACGAAUCUGAGUUUUCUGCAACAAUGAAGAAUGAAAUGCAGUUGGUUCGAAGACGAGGUGCAGAUGGUAGGAUUCCAGUCCGCACGUUAGACCGGGGCGCAUCUUCAUCUGCAGCUGAGCCGGCUGGACAUCCAGGAGGGCCGUACGAUUCGUCUCUUUUGGUGAAGUACGAGCAUCAUGUUGCUCGACAUUUAUUGUUCGGUGAGGAAAGAGGUCCAAAGAAAGAGUCGAAGGUUGCUGGACAUGGACUGAAGUUGACAUCUAGGGUUCCAUUGGUUCUUCCACCACAGAUGGAGAGUUGGGUAUCUAGAUCUGGUUUAUCUUCACUUCAAAGAACCAGUCUGAACAAGAUAAACACAAAUCUUGUCUCUGCAUUUGUGGAAAGAUGGCAUCUAGAGACAUCUUCAUUUCACAUGUCGUUUGGUGAAAUGAGCAUUACUUUGGAUGAUGUCUCAUGUCUGCUUCAUUUGCCCAUCAGGGGUAUCUUCUGGAGCCCUCAGGAUGUGACGGAAGAGGUAGUUGUUGACUACCUAGGAGUGUCACAGGGUGAGGCACAGUCACAUGUCUGUAGCUCCAGGGGUUCGUAUUACAAGUUGAAGUGGUUAUACGAUUUAUUCGUAUAGCAUAGAGCUGCUUCCAGCUGGGCAUAUGCGACCAGAGCAUAUCUAUUGAUGUUGGUGGGUUCCACCAUAUUUGCCGAUAAGACCUUUACACUUGUAGAGGCACGAUACCUCCUCCUGUUUACGGACUUGGAUAGAUGUUUAGGAUAUAGUUAGGGAGCAGCUGCACUAGUUACUCUAUACAGAUAUCUUGGAGAUGCGUCCAUGUACAGUUGCAAACAGUUCGGUGGAUAUCCUACUCUCCUAUAGUGCUGGAUUCACGAAUACUUUCCAAUUGUUGGAAAAAGAGGGGAGAAUUGAAAACCUGCUGAUAACUGUGGUCUUCCCCGAGCGAUGAGAUGGUCGUAUAGGCAAGGAGUCCUGAAGGUUGAUGAUUUACGACCUAUUUUGGACGAGCUGACACCUGCCGACGUCAUAUGGCGUCCAUUUGAGGAUCAUAAAGCAUGACGUCUAUUUGAUGAGAUAUGUCUUUACAAGGGCUGUUUGGAGUGGGGUGAAACAGUUGUUCCAUACUUGAUGUUGAUUGGAUUAGUUACCAUCAGAGUGUUAUCGCUGUGAUCGGUCCAUCUACCCUGGCCACCACUCCAUCUGAUAUAGAAGAUGGUUAUCUGGAGUGGUAUUAUUGUGUUUCGCAUCCACGGUUGGUCCCUCCCCAUCGUGACGAUCCAAGAGAGGUACCAGUUCCUAUAUAUGACGCCGGACCAUCUGAUCCUGAUUGGGCUCGUGUAUCUACAUUGAUUCAUCGCUAUCUGAGACAGGUUAAUGCCGAAGAGGAAGAUCCACAGUUUGCUGAUUUAUUUGAAGCUUUGCAUAUUUCUCGUUCACAUUGAUUUAUGUAUUAAGUUUUAGAACUGAAUAUAAUAGACAUAAUAUAAAAUUCAUGUUUUGAUUACA